AUGGCAGAGGCACUGCGAUAUCCUACCUGGGCUCCGCCUCCGUCCUCCUCGGCCCCCGGCGCCAACUCCGCGGCCACCUGCUGGAACGGCCCUGGCGACGGCGUUGAAUCGAUCAAAAUUGGAACGAGCGCGAAGAAACUGGUGGCGGAGAACGCGGUGAUUGUGUUCGGUCGAAGCGGGUGUUGCAUGUGCCACGUGGUGAGGCGACUGCUGCUGGGGCAUGGCGUCAACCCUCCGGUGGUGGAGGUGGAGGAGGCUGAGGAGGCGGCCAUCGUCGACGAGCUCUCGAAGAUUUCCGGCGAAGCGCUGCAGUUUCCGGCAGUGUUCGUGGGCGAAAGCAUUUCGGAGGGCUGGAGAAAGUCAUGGCUACUCAUAUUUUCCGGCGAAUUAGUUCCCAUAUUGAAAGAGGCCGGAGCUCUGUGGCUUUGA